AUGACUCAGUGUCCGCGGGUGUCUCUGCUCCAGAGGAGCCCCUCCUCCCCAGUGGUGUGCCAUGCUACAGGCUUCUACCCUGACAGGGUGGUGGUGUUCUGGAGGAGAGACGGCCAGGAGCUCCAUGAGCAGGUGGACCCCGGGGAGGUCCUCCCCAACCACGACGGGACCUUCCACGUCAGCGUGGCCCUGGACCUCACGGCCGUCCCACAGGAGGACUGGGGGAGGUACGAGUGUGUGGUCCAGCUGAAAGGCAUCGAGGACAUCCCCACCCCCCUGGACCCCGCCCUCAUCAGGACCAACGGGGGCAAGAGUCACCUCCUUGAUUUCAUUCUCGUUGGUGUCGCUGUUGCUGCUGUUGUUGUUGCUGCUGCUGUUGUUGGAGUCUUUGUGUACCAGAAGAGGAACGAUUCAGACAAGCGUCACAAACCAGUUGGUUCUUCUGACAGCUGCUCUGAGAACACUGAGGGGCAGAAUCCGGCUCCUGAGGCCCAACCUCUGACCACAGCCGUGACUGACCUCUAGUGGAGGAGGUGAGAGCAGAGGAAGACGGGGCAGGAUGGGCCUACAACUGGUGUACAGUAUUAUGUAUAAAUGUUACCGUUUGAGAUGAUGCUUUAUAAUCUAAUGUUGGUUUAUAAAGUAACUAAUGUACUGUUACUGAAAUUUACUGAUGUUAUGAUGCAGUUUAUGCUGUUUCGGGUGGAUAAUUCUCCAUGUAAUCUACAGUUGGUUUAUAAAGUAACCAAUGUACACUUACAAAUACAUUUCAGAUGUUAUUAAGCAGCUGUUUUAGGUGGAGAAUGAGAUUGCAACCAAACUAUUAAAUAAAUAAAGAAUUUUUGUACAGUGAGCUUUGCGUUGAAUGAAUAGUUGUUUUAUUUUCCCACUAACAGUUAACGUUAAAACAUACAGACGCAGGCGUAUCGCCUCCAAAUGUAUGCUGGGUAAUAAUGUGUUAAUCCCAUAGCUGCCCACAGAGUCGAUGCGUCCUCAUCAAUCAC